UGUGUGCUGGUGUUAUGUAGCUAAGGAUGGCUAAAAUGUAAUUAUUUUUUAAAGCAAUGUUAUAUUAAUAGUCCAGAUAUGGCUGAGUUUCCUGAAAAGGAUAUCGACGGUCGGACACCGGUUUAUGACUCAGCCUUCACCUCCCCGGCUUGUAUCUGAGGAGCUGCUGAGGACAGUAAGGAUGCUGCUGAAGAUGCCCCAGAAGCUGCUGAAGACUGCCAACUUCAUCGAGCUGGGCAGCUACCAGCACUGGCCGGUGCUGAUAACCCAGAGGAUAAGGCUGUACACCUACGAACAGAUCCCCCUCUUCCUCAGAGAAAACCCCUUCAUCACAGACGGCUACAGGGCCCAUCUGCCCUCCAAACUCUGCCUGAGGAGUAUUUUUAUGCUGUCCAAUGAGACUGUGAAUAUUUGGAGCCAUCUUCUGGGUUUCUUGCUUUUUUUCUACCUGGCGUUCAACGACCUCACCUCAGUACUGCCAGCCUCUGGAGUGAACAGAGAGGACUACGUCAUCUACGCUAUUGGACUCUUCUGCUUCCAGGUGUGCAUGUUAUGUUCUGUGGGGUAUCACCUGUUCUCAUGCCACCGAUCAGAGAAGACCUGCCGCCGCUGGCUGUCGUUGGACUACGCAGGAAUCUCUGUCGGCAUCUUGGGCUGUUACGUGCCUGGGAUCUUCUACGCUUUCUACUGUAACGCUUUUUGGCGACAGUUGUACCUGCUGACGGUGCUGUCGCUGAUCCUGGCCGUCUUCUGCGCUCAGGUCCAUCCUCGUUACCUCAGCAACGACUGGAAACGGAUACGAAUGGCUAUCUUCUGCUGCGUGGCCGGCAUCAGUGUUGUUCCCUCCUGUCACUGGGUCGGGCUCAAUGGUGGAUUAUCCACUGAUGUUGUACAGUUGUUCCUGCCUCGCAUCCUAGUGAUGUACCUCAUAGCUGGAACUGCCUUCCUGUUCUACGUCACCAAGAUCCCUGAGCGCUAUUUCCCCGGCCAGCUGAACUACCUUGGUGCCAGCCACCAGGUGUGGCACGUGCUGGUGGUGUUGAUGUUUUACUGGUGGCAUCAGACGGCUGUUCACAUCAUGCAGUUCAGGCACAGCCGGUCCUGCCCCCGGACUAGCAGCAGCUAAGUGGAACUGAUCAAAUAAUGUCAUAAGGCAAUCAGUUGCUGUCAGCAAACAGUUAGAUCUUUUAAAAUUCAUGAAAUACUUCUUAACACUUAGCUGCUGGUUAAAAUGUGAUAGCUAAAGGUAUACCACUGACUACCAGGAACUCUUGACUAUAAGCUGCUGAGGUGAAACUGAUGGUCUGACUGUAGCUAGUAGAUUUCACUGACCUGUUGUUAAAGGCCAGUGUGUAAUCUACUGUCUCAUACAGUAGAUAUUAACUAAGCUACUGUAAAGCUAUAAUUCUUGUAACCACCAUAACCAUAAUAUUAAUGCAUGAAGCAGGAAUCAUAAGAAUCCUAAUAGAAAAAAUACUACGGUUUGGUGUUUUUAAUUGAUCAUGUUAUCUCAUGCUUAGUUUCUUUGUACAGAAAUAUUCAAAAAAACAACUAUAUUGAUUUUUUUUAAUCAAACAUAAUAGCCUGUGUGAGCAAUGAUCAUCUGAUUUUGUUACAUCUAUCAGCUCCUAUACGAUUGUAUGACAUUUUGUGAUGAAAGGUGGAAAGCGCAGAACAAAAAUCCUGAAAAACUGGAGAUUCAACGUAUGAACACUGUGAACUGUCUCUGGAAGAAAUAUUGUGUCACCACCUCAAGUAUUUUAAUAUUUUGUUAAAGUUCAACAAUCAAUUAAUAUCUAAGAACAUUUGGGAACUUUAUGUUAGCCUUGUGUGUUAUUUUUCUUUUUUGUGGACUUUUUAUUUUAUUUAUUUCGGUGUGAUUUGAAAAAUGUUGAACAAAUCGUUACAAUGGCAAAUGCUGUAUUUAUAUAGUGGAAGCUCAUCUAAAUAACAACAAAAAUACUACUAAUAGAGGUGAUUGGGAGUUUAGUUUUUGGAGCUCACUGCAUUUUAAAAUGAAUAAUUUAAGCAAACAGUGUUUAUUUAAAAAAAAAAAAUCAACCUGAGCCAGUAAAACUAUGUAAAAUGGUUUUGAUUUUGAUGAAAUGCCCUUUUAACAACCACUUGCGUUGGACGAUAAAGACAAACACACAUUUUGCUGACAAUCCAGUGACGGUAGCACUUCCACUGCGGCUGAUAAGGCAGGCUGCUAUCACCCGAGUGGUUAUCAGACUCCUGCUACCGUUUAAUAAUAAGGUCUGUCAUAAAAGCUGGGGGUGUGACAAAUCCUCAUUGUCUAUUUAAAAAGUUGUUUUUUUAAAUAAGGCCAGUUAAAGUGUUACCUUAAUCACAUUUAUUUUUUAUGUUAAGUGUUCGUUUUUUUUUAACAUUUUACAAUCAUGUGUAUACUUUAUUUGCCUUAUUAACUUUGAGUGUUUCUACUGUAUACCCACUAACUGUUACAAUACGUUUCGGGGCAAUAACCCUCAGAAAAAAUGAUCAAACUCAGACCGAUUUCAUCUUUGCUGUUACACCACAAGGCCAGUAUGUUUUGUUUUCUAAAUGUAAUACAAUUUAGUGUUUGGAAUAAAUUAUGAAUCUGCUGCAGAGCUGGAAAUCAGGUGCUGAAAAAAGUGACUUUAUUUUUGCCUUUUUGUGAGUGUGUGUUUUUAUUUUCUGAACUUCAAACCUCUAGUUAUCAUAAACUGCAUGAUCUUUUUUCUGAAUGAUCUCAUGAUUGUUUUAUCCCGUGAUUGUGUUUUCCUUAGACAUCAUUUGUAUGGCAAAGCACUGGCACUGACUUUCAAAAUGUAUAAUAUUUAUUUCAGUGCCUAUGUGAAAUUAUAUUUUUAAACAUUUUGAAUGAAUAAAGAAUGCUGGGAAAUACUU